AUGCCCACUGGGGCGACGCUGUGUGCCCGGGCGACUAUGUACUUCUGCUGUCAGCUGGCUGACGGCCUUGGCUACUUGCACGAGAAAGGCAUCAUCCACAAGGAUCUGAAGCCGCCUAACCUGGUGCUCUCCAAGCCGAUUCCCGUUCGCGAUGCGCGCUUCGUCACAGCGCUCAGCUUGAGCCAUUGCUGCAUCAGGGCUGUAGGGAUUAAACAGGGAUUAAACAGGGAUUAA